AGCUGGCGGGCCGCGCGCGGGAACUCGCGGAGGCUCCGACCGGACCAGGCGGGUCCUGGGAGGAAGGGGUUCGUGGGAGGCGGCUCUUCCUGCGCCGCCUCGGGCGAGCAGCGGAGGAGCGCGGAGCCUCGGCGGGCCCGGCCCAAAAGUCCGUUGUGCCGCGGCCCGCGUGACCGGAGCCGCCCACGCCGGCCUGCGCCGACCCGGGUCGUUUCGCCCACGCCUACCCGGCUGACUGAGGCCCACGCUGUCCGGCGCUGACUAGGGCCGCCACCCCGCUGUCACUCCCGCGCAGCCCCGCAGGAACGACCUCCCUCCCUGCGGACGCCCGGGCGGGCAGCUGGGUGAGCUGCGUUUGCAAGGCGGAGGCCCGAGGUGCUGGGGAAUCGCGUGGACGCCGGUUGAUGGGGAGUCCAGCGAGGGAGACGGGCCCGCAGAGGGAAAUGACAAACUGGCUGUCCCGGAACCUUGAGCCCCAGACUGGACCCCAGAAGGGCAGGAGCCAGUGAGAGGACCGCGUCGUCCCGGCAACAAGUUCUUGUAGUGACAGAUCAGGGGUGUGAUCUCCGUCCACACUUAUGCACAGCUGUGGCGUCCCGUUUAAAGUGAGCGAACUGAGGCCUAGUCAGACCAGGCGUCAGCAACAGUGUGCGCCUAGAAUCAUCUCUCCACCAUGUGUAGUCGUUCUGCCACCAACAGAGGAGGAGGAGUAUUCAUUUGUCCGGCAGGAUGGACAAUGGCAUUCACACAGGGUCUCUUCCACCUUGCCGCCCCACAGCCCAGCUCCCCCAGGUACAGGAAGCACCUGGGUGGAGGCCUUCCUCAGCGGGGCCAGAGAUGGCGUCCGUGGACUUCAAGACCUACGUGGACCAGGCCUGCCGCGCCGCUGAGGAGUUCGUGAACGUGUACUACACCACCAUGGACAAGAGGCGGCGGCUGCUGUCCCGCCUGUACAUGGGCACGGCCACCUUGGUGUGGAACGGCAACGCCGUUUCGGGACAAGAGUCCUUGAGUGAGUUUUUUGAGAUGCUGCCUUCCAGUGAGUUCCAAAUCAACGUGGUAGACUGCCAGCCUGUUCACGAUGAAGCCACCCCGAGCCAGACCACAGUCCUCGUGGUGAUCUGUGGGACGGUGAAGUUUGAGGGCAACAAACAGCGGGACUUCAACCAGAACUUCAUCCUGACAGCCCAGGCCUCGCCCAGCAACACGGUGUGGAAGAUUGCCAGCGACUGCUUCCGCUUCCAGGACUGGGCCUGCUAGUGGCGUGGGGAGACACCCCCAGACUGAACUCUGUGCUCCCUUGAGUCCCAGGGGCCCUUUUCUCGGCAUACACUUGUCAUAGCUGCCUUUUCAAAGUAGUAAAAUUCUCUAUUUUUCUACUUGCCCAGUAGAGACCCUGUCUCUGGAAAUUCUGAUGAAUAAAACGAUAAUAUGAAUGUU